AAGUUGUUUGAAGGCAAGCGAGAUGUGGAGGCCGAAGCCAAGAAAGCAUGCGAUUGGCUGCGUGCGGCUGGCUUUCCGCAAUAUGCACAGCUCUAUGAAGAGUCGCUGUUCCCUCUUGACAUCGCCGCUGUGAAGAAGGACCACCGCCUUUUGGACCAGGAUUCCCUUAAAUCCCUCUGCAGGAGGCUCAUGACCCUGAACUCGUGUGCCUCGAUGAAGCUGGAAGUGCACUUUCAGCGGAAGCAGAAUGAAGACUCAGAAGAUGAAGACUUCUGUGCCAUCAGUGACCGGUGGGCCUUCCAGAGGGACAGCAAGAGGUGGUCCCGGAUCAGCUCGGACGACUUCCUCUCCCACAGCCUGGAGAAAGGGGCCACCCCGAGGAAGGGCUCCAGCCAGGAGAGCAUCCUCACGGACCUUGGCGCUGACCUGGAGGUGGCAUCCCUGCACAGCAGCGCCAGCACGGGUAGUACAGCGGGGACUGUGGCAGCUGUGGCUGCCCCACAUGGCCCGUCCUCCCCAGAGAACUCCCUGACCCUGGCCAGCUCCAUCCCAAGCUUGAGUGACCCCUCGCCAGCCAGCCCAUCUCCAGACCUGGGCAGGAGCAUCAAGGAGAAACCCAAGAAACGGCGGACACGGAGCUUCCUCAGGAGGAUCGAGUCUCUGAGGAGGAAAGACAAGGAGAAGGGGGACUCUGCUAAAGCCAAAGAGGCAGGUGGGGCAGAGGCCCGGCCCCGGGGGAGCUCCUCCAACGAUGCUGAGGACUCCACGAGGGGGAAGGGGCCUCCCCAGCGUGGGCCCCCCCCCUCGUCUUCCCAUGGCAAUAGCGUUCUUCUCUCAGAGGGGUAUUGGACUGCCCAAGCUCUGAUGUCAGCCGAGAACAAGCUGCAGUGUCAGCCCCCGAGUGGCGGGAUGUAUCUGGAAGACUACGAGGCAGCCCUGGGGAGAGGCACUGGCCGGCAGCCUGGAGGGCUGGGCUACCAGGACCCACUGAAACGGGAUUGCUUGUUCCACAUCCCCAGGGACUACAAGCCAGGCACUUUCCCCAAAUCGCUCUCCAUCGAAAGCCUGUGCCCCCUCGAGCACAGCUGCUUGGCAGACUGGACGCUGAGCAGCACAGCCACGGGACUCCAGGCUGCGGGGGCCGGCCUGGGUGGCAGCGUGGACCCCCCAUCCACACAGCCCUUGGCCUUCCGCCGGAGGAGGCUGUCCUGCAGCUCCACAGGCAGCAGCACCAGCCUCUACGACAACGUGCCAGAAUUUGGCAGCGGCAACAACCUCCCCGGCACGGACCGGGGCGAGACUUAUGGGGACCUGGACGACAUCCUGCAGCACGUCUGGGGGCUGCAGCAGAAGGUGGAGCUCUGGUCCAGCGCCAUUGGGCUGGAGCUGGAUGGGGAGGUGCUCGGGGACGAAGCAGGGGAGGAGGAGGAGGAGGAGACUGACUCCGGAGGAGAACCUGCCCACCUCAACUUUGAGCAGCAGUCCGUGUCCGACAUCGGCACCUCCGCCAGCGACUUCGACAGCACCGCCAACUCUCUGAACGAGGCAGAGGAUGUGGAGAUGAGAGAACGGAGGGACUCUGGUGUGGGGGCCUCCCUCACGCGGCCGUGCAGGAAGCUUCGCUGGCACAGUUUCCAGAACUCCCACCGGCCCAGCCUGACCUCUGCUUCCUUGGAGAUUAAUCGCCAGUCAGCAGCACAGCUCAACCUUCUCCAGAAGUUCUCCCUCCUUCGCCUCACAGCCAUCCUUGAGAAGUACUCCGUCCCCCACAAGCAGUCCUGGGCAUGGACCAUCCCAAAGUUCAUGAAGAGGAGCAAGACUCCGGACUACAGGGAUAAGAUGGUCUUUGGGGUCCCACCGAUUGUCAACGUUCAGCGGACGGGGCAGCCGCUGCCCCAGAGCAUCCAGCAGGCCAUGCGCUACAUCCGGAGUCAGUGCCUCGACCAGGUUGGCAUUUUCCGCAAGUCGGGAGUGAAGUCUCGGAUCCAGGCGCUCAGGCACAUGAGUGAAACCUCGCCGGACCACGUGAACUACGAGGGGCAGUCUGCAUACGAUGUGGCCGACCUGCUGAAGCAGUACUUCCGCGACCUUCCAGAGCCCGUCUUCACAAGCAAGCUCACCGACACGUUCUUGCAGAUUUACCAGUUUGUUCCCAGGGAGCAGCGGCUGCCGGCGGUGCAGGCAGCCACCGUGCUGAUGCCGGACGAGAACAGGGAGGUGCUGCAGACACUGCUCUACUUCCUCAGCGACAUCGCCUCUGCCAAGGAGAACCAGAUGACCGCCGGCAACCUGGCCGUGUGCCUGGCCCCGUCCCUCUUCCACCUGAACGUCUCCAAGAAGGAGAGCACUUCCCCAAGGAUGAUUCACAGGCGGGGCACUAUGGGGAAGCCCGACCAGAAGGACCUGAAUGAAAACAUGGCUGCCACCCAAGGCCUUUCCCACAUGAUUGCAGACUGCAAGAAACUGUUUCAGAUUCCCCACGACAUGAUGCUGCAGCUCUGCAACUCCUACCUGGCGGCGGAUGCUCGGCCACUGUCCUUCUCCGAGCUGAUGAGCCAGAGCCUGCAGGGGGACGGCCGGGAUCUCCAGACUGGCCUGGAAGGCAGCAUCCAGGGACUGCUGAAGGAGUCCUCGGAGCGCUUCAAGGGCUGGAUCAGCAUGCCCGGCCCCCGGAACACAGAGCUUGCCUGCAAGAAGGUGCGGGACGGGCACCCCCUGCGCCUGUGGAAGGUGUGCACCGAGGUGGAGGCUCCGCCCCACGCCGUGCUGCAGCGGGUGCUGCGGGAGCGGCCCCUGUGGGACGAGGACCUGCUGCAGGCGAGCGUCAUCGAGGCCCUGGACAAGAGCACUGAGGUGUACCACUACGUGGUGGACAGCAUGGGCCCCCACCCGCGGCGGGACUUCGUCGUCCUUCGGACGUGGCGCACAGACCUGCCCCGGGGGGGCUGCCUCCUCGUGUCCCUGUCCCUGGACCAUAAGAAGCUGCCGCUGGAAGCCGGGGUCCGGGCAGUGGUCCUGACCUCACAGUACCUGAUGGAGCCCUGUGGGAUGGGGCGCGCCAAGGUGACACACAUCUGCCGUGCUGAUCUCAGGGGGCGCUCCCCAGACUGGUACAACAAGGUCUUUGGCCAUCUCUGUGGCAUGGAGCUGGCCAGGAUCCGAGAUUCUUUCCCGGUGCUCCGCACGGGUGGUCCAGAGACAAAGGUCUGAAGUGUUCGGAGCGAGGAGCUGGAACUGAGCAGGGGGACGUUUGCUCCUCAGAGGAGGCCUGUCAGACAGCCGUGCCUGGUCCCCACCGCAAAGGAGCAUCUGCUGCCGUUCUUCUUCCGUCCAGGGAAUGCCGCGAGCUGGGCCUCUGUGAUGGGCGCGGAGAGUCCCGUGCGUAAUGGCGUCUCCUGGCUCAGCAAGGCAUCCUGCUGCCUGGACGUCCCCCGGAAUCCUUCUCAAAGCCCUGGAGGGUUCCCCUCCCCAUCAUGGUGGCUGUAUAUGACCUGCAGCAUGGGAAGUGGCAUUCCUCUUCGGAAGAUGCUUGUGUGCUCACGUUCAUGUCCUCCUUGUGGCUUCCCAUAGGCAUCAGGGCAGCGUCUGUGAGAAGACGAUACUCCGCUUGAUAGGCCUGGGGUCCAGUCCGGCAGGGCUGCUGCGAUAGUCCAGUGGGCUUCACCCGUUCCAGGGAAGAGGGGCGCUGGAGCCCCAGAGGACCAGCGGCAGUGCAGGGUGAGGCGAGCGACAGCUGCCCCCAACACAGGAGCUUGCUCAGCGGCUUGCACUCCGGGCGUGGGCCCUGCCUGCCUCUCCAGCGGAGGGCCAUCGCCUCAGGGUGAACAGCGAAUGGGAUCCGUGUUCUGCCUCGGCGUCAGAGUGUGUCUUUGUGUAAGCAUCAUCCUUGGGGCUCACCUGUAUGAUGUGGCUACUGGGCGCAACUGCAGGAGUGGCAGAAAUGAGCCAUGGAGGGAAGCCUGAGCCAGCAAGUUGUCGCCAUGUUUAGGAGGCAGGGCAGCGUUGUGUUGAACAGAGGAGAUGAGUGGGUGCUCGAGCGUGUGGCGAAGGUUUUGCAGCAUGUGUGUGGCUUGCUUACUUGUGCUGUAUCAUGUAGAAAUGUGCGCGCGCGCGCGCGUGUGUGUUUGUGUGCAUUUGUGAGCGACAGAUGGGGAGAGACCAUGUUUGGUCACGAGAGCCAGAACUAUGUCGGCUGCUGCUAUUUGUGGCUGUCAACUGCUAUCUGCUGAGUGGCACGAAGCAGGUGAUCGGGUUCAAGGGCUUCCGGACCUGAGCCGUCCUCUUCAGCUGAGACAGAUAGGUGGUCUUGUUUAGAGCAGUCUGGUGGGACCUUUCCAGAUGGAUGAGAAGUUUGCAUUCGCAUUAAGGAACCAGAGAGGAAACCUUGGGAAGCCUUGCCUCCCUCUCCAUUGUGCCUGAACCUCAGGUUCUGCCAAGGGCAACAGAACCAGAAUCGUGGGGUGUUAACUGUAGCUGUGUCUAACUGGGCAAAAAGCACCGAAUUUCAGACACCAGCUCAUGGACCUCUGUCCCCUGGUCUUGAAUUUGCAGGGUUCUCCACCAUUGCGUGGGGUCCCUUCCACGUAACAUGAUAAAACUGGAGCAUAACGUAUUUAGCCAGGUGGUGCGGUAAGCAGCUGGCCGCAGCCUGGAGCAACAUGCCUUCCUAGGGCAUCAGCCAACAUAAAGUUCCCCCUUCUCGUUCUGGAAGGGAGGAGGAAGAAAAGGUAUUGCUAGAUGUCCCAAAUUUUCCAUUGUGACGACAAUAUGCCCAUCUUUCUAAAUGUAUAGCUUGACCUUGGCUGACACUGGCCUGGAAGUAGCCCAACUUUUUUCUUAUCCUGGGGCCCAACUGAUCAGACAGCCUUCCAACUGGAAAGCAAGAAAACCAAAUCUGUUAGAAAUCUAACUGUAUCAGUUGCACGGGUGAUAAAUCAGUUGUUCUGGACAACUUCUUUUAAGAAAACAAGCUACGGUCUGUUUGUGGCGCUUUUUUGUAUUACUAAUGUCUUGACGAGGACUAUGAUUUUCUAAUCAGUAUAAAUAUUGUUUUUUCAUAUCUAUCUAUAAAUAUUGUACAGUUGGAAUGUUAAUUUAAUAUAUAACUUGAGUGUGAGAGCUUUUGGGCAGAAGAUGUUCACCAAAGUGAGAGAGAGAGAGAGAGAGAGAUUUUAUAUUUAAGAGGUUUUUGUACCUUACUCCAGAGUGCCAAAAGGAAAGAGAAGUUUCCUUCUUCUCUGUUUGUAUAAUAAAUAAAGUACUAACAUGA